UCUUGGUCAAGUAUCCCACGACCUUCAAGAACUUUAUCUAAAUUGUUGGUGAGCGAUUACCUCUAGAAAGAAGUCCUGUAAGAGGAGUUCAUGCUGAGGAAAGCAACUGUGUUCAGCUCAAGGAAGUAACAACCGAGAUGACACCUUUGAUGUUUAAAGAUGCUUUCUGGGGGUCUGAUUUUACUUGCCAUGCCGGUUAUGACGCUCUGAUCGAAAGGUUACGAGAUGGACGGCAAAUGUGCAAAGAUGUGGAGGAGCUUUUAAAGAUGAGGGCUCUAGCAGAGGAGAAGUAUGGGAAGGAACUGGUGACUAUUGCCCGUAAAGCCGGAGGACACACAGAGAUCAGCACUUUGAGAGCAUCCUUUGAACUAUUAAAAACACAAAUCGAGAACAUGGGUAACUUUCACAUCCAGCUAUCUGAUAUAUUGAAAGAGGAGGUGAAAAAGAUUGAGACAUUCAGAGAACGGCAGAAAGAGCAGAGGAAGAAGUUUCAAAGCAUCAUGGAGAAGGUUCAGAAGAAAAAAGUGUCUUUGUACAAGAGGGCCAUGGAGUCUAAGAAAACCUACGAGCUGAGAUGCAAGGAGGCAGACGAAGCAGAGCAGGGGGCUGAGAAGACAAAUGUCCAUACAUCCAAAAACUCAGAAAAGGUACGCACCAGAGCCAAGCAAUGCAGACAGGCAGCCAAUGAAGCAGAGAAGUUCUACUUUACCAACAUCGUUCAGCUAGAAAGUGUUCGCCAGGACUGGGAAGAAACACACAAAAGCACCUGUGAGGUAUUCCAGCAGCUGGAGGGAGAUCGCAUCAGCAUGCUGAGGUGUGCUCUCUGGGACCACUGCAAUCAUUUCUCCAUGCAGUGUGUCAAAGAUGAUGAGGCUAACGAGGAGGUGAGGAAGCUACUGGAACAGUGUGACAUCAUCACAGACAACAACUUUUUCAUAGGGAUGAAAAGCACAGGAUCAAGACCUCCAGAACCCCUAGUGUUUGAGAGCUACUACCAGACGUCCGGAGACAGCAAUGGCCAAGCUCAUUUCGCAGGAGGAGGAGAUAUGAUGAUGAGGUGCUCUGACCCCCUUCUCGCCAGCUCUAUGAGCAUCGGUGUUGACAGUCUUCAAAACUCACAACCAGCACUGACACCUUCUGGCGAGUUUGAGAUUUCAGAUGGAGGAUACGCGCCCCUACCAGGCCUCCAGCAUGCAGCAUCAUCGGCCACUGUUGCAGCUGAGGAAGACAGCUACAUUGCACUUUAUGCAUACGCUGCACAGGAAGGUGAUGAAAUAUCUGUCAGCAGAGGGGACAUGGUCCGAGUGUUGGAGCAAGGAGAAGAUGGCUGGUGGAUAGUGGAGAGGAACGGGCUGACUGGACUGGUGCCAGGAAACUAUCUGGGCAAAAUCUGAACACACAUGCACAAACAAGAGAAUAUAGACCAUAUACACAGAUGAAUGAAAACGCACUAGGGCUGCAACUAUUAUUGAUAAUCUACCAGGUAUUUUUUCGAUGAAUUGUUGUGUCAGAAAACUGUCAGAAAAUAAUGACAAAAACCAUGUGUAGUUUCCCAGAGCCCAAGGUGACGUCUUUAAAUAGUAUGUUUUAUCUGACCAACGGUACAAAUAUCCAAAACUAUUUAUUUGUCAUCAUGUAUGACAAAGAUGUGCAUCAAAUUCUCAGAUUUAAUAAGCAUGAAACCAGCAAACAUCUGGCUUUUUGCUUGAAAAAAAUGACUAAGACAAUUAUUCUGUGAUAAUAUUUUGUCAACUGACUAACUGAUUAAUCAGCUAAUCGUUGCACACACACACACACUGUCACACACCAAAACUUGCAUGCUUAGACAUACAUGCAAGUAUGCAUCAUGUGUCUCAUGCCUAUACAGUUAUAUUUUCUUAUCCAGUUGUAGCUGUAUAGGCCAAGAGGAGAGGUGUCCAAACUUGUAUUCUUGUAACUUGAUUUCUGAGCAUGGAUUGAAAAACUAGUAACUUUCAGUAGGUAGUAGGUUAUUUGAGCAAUUUACUGAAGUUAAAAAGUCAUCAGACAACCCUUGCUUAUUUACACAAUAGAGCUUUCUUGAAAGAUUUCUGAACUGAUCAUUAUUUAUGCAUGAUUAAUUAGUCAUAAAACGAUAUUACACUGUAACCCUGCUACCUCAUGUGUUGUACAGCUGGGAUACUCCUUUAACUCUAUAAUACUGUAUAGUGCAGUCUCACUGGACUGAAGAAUGAUAAACUAUCUGGUGCUGAAACUUUGGACGAACAUUUGGAACCUUUUGGAUGGUUUAAAAUGGCCUCCAAUGACAUUGUUCUGUGAGUAUGUUAUAUUUCCAACGUGAGUCUGAUGCAAGCACAAACAAGUUUCAGUUGCUAAUAGUAAAACAAUUAGUAAUGUAUUAGUGCAGGCCAGGCCCUACUUUUUUAUACAGACAAUCUGAGCUGUGACUAUCAGAUCCCAGACGAGGAGAAAACUGAUAAAACUAUUUAUCUCCAAUUAAUAAGAAAAUGUUUUAGUGUACUUCAGCACUUGAUGUGAUAAAUCAUGAGCUACCAUUAAAUGAAGUCAAGUGCACAUGCUCUUAGCAGUGAGUUUUGAGGUGGAAAAUGGUGUGGCAUGUGGUAUCAACUUUGGACAGGUGCAUAACCUGUAGUGCGUGAUUUCACAUUUCCUCACACAGUUCGACACAGGUAAUAAUUCAGUGGGUUUCAUACCUGUUCUCCUCAGUUCCCCAUUUGCACUGUCCAUUUGAGCAGCUGUUUGCUCUGCCAAGUAAUCCAAAUUUUACAGCGCUGUCCUGCUUUCAUGUUUGGUAAUCCUCUAAAAAAGAUGCUUGAGAUCCUGAAAGCCUCUUACCACCCCCUCUGACCCUCCGAAUAACACACUUGGGAAGCAAAAAAGCAUCUCCUUUGACUGCCUAGCAGUUCUUUCUGGAGAACCAGUCCACCUUAAAUCUUAUAUUUUUACUAGAGGCCUGGUUUAUAACAAUAUCCUGCAGCUGGUGGGCACAGAGGUGUUUGUUGUCAAGUUUUACUUCUAAAGGCAGUCUUUCAAAUGUGUGCUGAGGAAGAUAGUGAUCAACACAGUUGCUAAGUUCAUGAAAAUAAAUACAAACUUCUUUAAACCACAACAUAGGUUUAUGAUAGGGCAAGAAGAAGUCAGUCCUUAGUGGCAAUGAAUAUGUGCCAUCCAUUCUCAUUGCUCAAAAUUUUGGACAUGUGUAUUGCUGUUUUUCCCACACAAGGGGCACCUGAGAUAGCACAUUUAAAACACCAUUUAAAAAUGUAAUAUUCAGUCGCUGGCUUUAAACCGUAUAACAAUUACAAAUAAAAACAUUUCAUGUGUUAUGUCAUGACUUUAUACAGACUACUAUUAAUUUCUAAAUUACCCAGUAUCUCUAAAACCACACUUUUUUCUGUUGCCAGCAGGUGGGGCUUCAGGUCUGGUUUGGUUUUGUUUCUCAGGUUCUAUAUGUACCAUUUCUUUAAUGUUUUUUGGGUGUUUGUGAGCUGGAAAAGGUACAGCAGAGGGUUACUGUGUAGAGAUGAAAAAAUGUCUGCUGUCCACUAGGAAUUUUCUGUGACCUCAGGGUUGACCAUCUGCUAUUCUGUACCAUAGUAGCAGUUUAUAUACCAGUAACUGAAAAAAAAAAACUAUUGUCACAUCUGUCAAACGAUACCGCAGUUAUAUUCAUAUUCUAUUCACAGUUAAAACAUACUCAGAUUUUUUACCGGACUGAACUAUGUAAUGAUUACCUCUUUAUAUGUUUUAACUGAUAACAUGUUCACUCUCAUGUAAAACAGUGCAAAUAAAAUGGCAAUCAAACAGG